AUGGCUGGAGCUCUGAAGGGCCCAGGGCCCCUGAGCCAGGAGGAGAGGAGGAAGUCCAAGGGAAAGAUGGCUGGCUGUCACCCCUACUUCAACCUGCCCGACUUCACCCAGCCAUCACCGCCCUCCACUCCGUCCAGCCUCCCCUCGCACCAGCGCUGCCGGCCCUCUGAUGUCACCAAGGGCCUGCUCGUGGCCCUGCUGGGUGGGGGCCUGCCCGCUGGCUUCGUGGGCCUCUUCCGUAUGGCUUACCAGGCCUCCCACUUACCCUCGCUGGAGCUGCUCAUCUGUCGAUGCCUCUUCCACCUCCCUAUUGCCCUGCUGCUGAAACUGCGUGGUGACCCCCUCUUGGGACCUCCCGAUGUCCGGGGCCGGGCCUGCCUCCAUGCCCUGUUCAACGUCCUCAGCAUUGGAUGCGCCUACAGUGCGGUUCAGGUGGUGCCCGCUGGCAAUGAUGCCACCGUCCACAAAGGUUCUUCCACCGUCUGCUCUGCUCUCCUUGCCCUCUGCCUCGAGAGCCAGCGUCUCAGUGGCUAUGACUGGUGUGGCUUGUUGGGCAGCAUCCUGGGGCUCAUCAUCAUUGUGGGACCUGGACUAGGGACACUGCAGGAGGGGACCACAGGCCUCUACACUGACCUGGGCUAUGUGCUCACUUUCCUGGGUGGCCUGGCACUGUCGCUGGGCCUCCUGGUGUACCGCUCCCUGGACUUCCCCUCCUGCCUACUGACAGUGGCCUUCCUCUUUGGCUUGGUGGGGCUGGUGGGCUCCGUGCCAGGCCUCUUUCUGCUGCAGAUCCCCGUGUUGCCUAAUGAUCCUCUGAGUUGGAGCUGUGUGGGGGCAGUGGGGAUCCUCGCCCUGGUCUCCUUUGUGUGUGUCAGUUAUGCGGUCACCAAGGCCCACCCUGCCCUGGUGUGUGUCGUCCUGCACUCUGAGGUGGUGGUGGCUCUGAUGUUACAGUAUUAUGUGCUCUAUGAGACCGUGGCACCUUCUGACAUCAUGGGGGCAGGGGUCAUGUUGGGUAGCAUUGCCAACAUCACCACCCAGAACCUCAGCUGUGAGAGGGAAGGGCAGGUGGAGUGA